AUGACAUUUGACCCAUUCCUUCAAAAUCAUAAUCCUCCAUCAAAUGCCACCUCACCAGUGUCUCAGAAUGAGAUGAUUGAGUGUUGUGCUCAGGAAGUGACCAGUGUCAUUGUAUCUGAGAUCACACGCUCCAAAAUGUAUUCCAUCAUGGCGGAUGAGGCAAGAGAUGGUCGGUCAGAGCAGCUGGCUGUUUGUGUUAGGUAUGUGUCAGAGGGGGAUGUAAAGGAACGGUUUCUAGCACUUUCAGAACUGAUGUCCUUUGAUGCCCAGUCCAUUGCAGACAAGCUACAGGAGCAGCUCCAGAUCAAUGGCCUUGCUCAUGUCAAGUGUGUGGCACAGACUUAUGAUGGUGCCGCGGUCAUGAGUGGACCCAUAAGAGGCGUGCAGGCACGUUUCAGAAGGCUUCAUCCUGAAACUAUCUAUAUUCACUGCUAUGCACAUGAGCUCAACCUAGUGUUGUGCCACACUUGCAAGGCUGUUACGGAGGCUUUGUUGGAGAAUGUGUAUUCUUUUUUCACCACCUCUUUAGUGAAUCACCAUAAGUUCAAAGAUGCUCAGUCCAGGCUUGGGUUGGCAGCAGUAGAGCUUGUGCAACUUUCCAACACACGUUGGGCAUGUCGGCUGCAAUCAAUCAAUGCAGUGCUUCAGACCUUACCUGCCAUAUUUGAAUGCCUCUCUGUCACUGGGUUUCCCUUGGCUAUUGGAAUCAAAGCAAAGCUAUCAGUGUUCUCAACCAUCUAUGCUCUCUUGAUGUUUCAGACACUUCUGUCCAUCACUGAAGGACUCCACAAACUCCUUCAGAAGGAGACAUUAGACCUGGCAGCACUGAUUUGCAAAGAUGCUGUGUGUGAUACUCUCAAAGGUAAACGCACAGAUGCAUUUGCCACCGAAAUGUUUGACUACAACCCUUCUGGGGCUAAGCCCCCCCUAUCUCUCAAUCCUAGUGACGCCCCUGAUCCCAGGUAG